AAAAUUACCUAAAAAAUAUCAGUUUAUAUAUAUAGCCGGCUUAACAAAAUGCUCAUUGUGUGUGUCAACACUUGGGCGGACUUCUCUUGACAGUCCCUGUCAUAAGCAGUAUUAUCAGAUCAAGUGAUUCAUUCACAGACUCUACACAACUUGGCCACCAUGGGAAGUGAGUCACCCACCAAUCCAAACUCUAUUAGUGAAGGGAAUAGAACCGUUUAUCCCAUGUCACCACCGGAGAUUGAUAAAAGAACCGCAGAGCAAAAGGCAAUUGAUGAUUGGCUUCCCAUCACUUCUUCCAGGAACGCCAAAUGGUGGUACUCUACUUUUCACAACGUAACUGCUAUGGUUGGUGCCGGUGUCCUCAGCCUUCCAUCCGCCAUGGCAAAUCUUGGAUGGGGUCCGGGUGUGGUUAUCCUGAUACUGUCAUGGGUAAUAACUUUGUAUACGCUGUGGCAAAUGGUUGAGAUGCAUGAGAUGGUACCGGGAAAACGGUUCGACCGGUACCAUGAGCUAGGACAGCAUGCGUUCGGCGAGAAGCUUGGGCUGUGGAUCGUGGUGCCACAACAACUGAUAUGUGAAGUUGGGGUGGACAUCGUGUACAUGGUGACUGGAGGAAAAUCGUUGCAGAAGGUUCAUAAACUUUUGUGCAAAAAUUGCAAGGACCUCAAGACCUCUUACUUCAUUAUGAUAUUUGCGUCUGUUCAUUUUGUUCUUGCACAUCUUCCUAACUUUAAUUCCAUUUCUGGAAUCUCACUCGCUGCAGCGGUCAUGUCUUUGAGCUACUCAACAAUUGCAUGGGCUGCAUCAGCACACAAAGGAGUUCAAGAAGGAGUUGAGUACGGUUACAAAGCCACCACAACACCCGGAACAGUCUUCAACUUCUUUAACGCCUUAGGUGACGUGGCUUUCGCCUACGCCGGACACAACGUGGUGCUUGAGAUCCAAGCAACUAUCCCUUCGUCACCGGAGAAGCCAUCGAAGGGCCCUAUGUGGCGGGGAGUGGUGGCAGCCUAUAUAGUUGUUGCUUUGUGCUACUUUCCUGUUGCUCUUGUUGGUUAUUGGAUGUUCGGAAAUACCGUUGAAGAUAACAUCCUUAUCUCUCUCGAAAAACCUACUUGGCUCAUUGUUGCUGCUAACUUGUUUGUUGUCAUCCAUGUCAUUGGAAGUUACCAGCUGUAUGCAAUGCCAGUAUUUGACAUGAUUGAAACCGUGCUGGUUAAACAAUUGAAUUUCAAGCCAAGUAGAAUGCUGCGAUUUAUUGUUCGCAAUGUUUAUGUUGCAUUUACAAUGUUUGUGGGCAUUACAUUCCCAUUCUUCGGUGCGCUCCUUGGAUUUUUUGGAGGAUUUGCAUUCGCUCCAACCACAUACUUUCUCCCGUGCAUUAUAUGGCUUGCAAUUUACAAACCUAAGAAGUUCAGCUUAUCCUGGUUCACCAACUGGAUUUGCAUUUUCCUUGGUAUCCUUCUGAUGACUCUAUCGCCAAUUGGUGGAUUGAGGAGUAUCAUACUCAAUGCAAAGACCUAUGGGUUUUACCAAUGAACAAUUAUGUCCCAAAAAUGAUUUUUCAGGUCUGAUCUAUUUAUUUUCGCUUUGUAAUUAAUUACGGUUUCUUUACGUCAAUCCUUGAAGUUGUGACGACCGAUAUUUGUAAGGUUUUAAUGAUCAUAUUGAAGGUUUUUAUUUUCCAA